CAACGAAAGGAUACAGAUAUGUAACAUGGUCAGACUGCCGCCCGCAUAACCGUUACACCAAAAGGUAAGCCAGCGUGCUUACAAGAUAUCAUUUCUUGGGGAUCAAGCCCGCCCCCUAAGCAUAGCAAGCAAAAGCCAUUUGUAUCUAUGCGACAUAACCCGUGGCUGGAUGAAGAAGCGGCUCACUCUGGUGACGAAGCAAGUGAGGGAUUGUCGCACUCGGAAGGUGAUGUUGAAAGCGAUUCCGAUCGCCAAUUCAUCAAGGAUAUCGCAAACACUCAGGUCUCUCCUUCUUACGAUCAGUCACUUGCUUAUCGACGGGGUUUGCUCACACAAGCCCCGCCGGGAGGUCCCACGUUUGCUACCAGACCGGUGAGGAGGGAAGUAUAUACCCGAAGGGAGAGCGCAGAACGCUGCGCUGGUGGUCAAGUUCUCCCGUACGUGGCCAAACGAGUAUGCCAUUGGCAGCUUUGUCAUAGAUGAUGAUGAGGACAGAAGGAUAUCAUCUGGAAUAUCCCAUAUAGGUUCUGCAGUCGAGACUAGGCGGAUUAGCAUUAUUGAAUAUUGAGUGACGGUCAACGUUGUGCGUCGGGUUGUGUCGGAGCCACCCGCCGCCGUCACAAAAUCUCACAUUGAUUUGUCACACCACACUAA